GACGUAGCCACGCUUGUUUCGUUGUGUUAAAAGCAUUUCAUGAAGUUUUAUAGACAGUGUUCAAAAGCAUAGGAGAGUUCAAAAAUGGCUUUAUAUGUAGUGUUAGCUUUUCUGUUUUGUCUUUCUGCGUCUGCCGAAUUCGUUUGGAAACAUCACAACAAUGAAGAAUUGCCUUUGGUUUUGGAAGAAGUUCACGAGAAAUGCCCCAAUAUUACGAGAGUGUAUGCUUUAACUGAACCAUCUGUUUGCAACGUUCCCCUUUACGUGAUCGAGUUUUCUGACACUCCAGGAUUUCACCAGCCUUAUAAACCAGAAGUUAAGUAUAUUGGAAACAUUCACGGAAAUGAAGUGCUGGGGCGUGAGUUGCUGCUAGGUCUAGCGCACUACCUCUGUGACCAAUAUUUGAAUCAAGAUCGUCGAAUCAGAGCACUCGUUCAUAGCACUCGUAUUCACUUGUUACCUUCAAUGAAUCCUGAUGGCUGGCAACUAUCUACAGAUACAGGUGGACAAGAUUACCUGAUUGGACGUAACAACAAUCAUUCAAUAGAUUUGAACAGAAAUUUUCCUGAUUUAGAUUCUAUUACAUUUGAGUUUGAGAGGCAAGGCAUUAACCACAACAACCACUUAUUAAAGGAUUUGACUCGUCUGGCUGCACCGUUGGAACCAGAAACUCGUGCUGUGAUGAGAUGGAUUAUGUCCAUACCUUUUGUACUGAGCGCGGCAAUUCAUGGAGGAGAUCUUGUAGCCAAUUAUCCGUAUGACGAAAGUAGAAGUGGUGCACCAGUUUCUGAAUAUUCUGCCAGCCCUGAUGACGAAACCUUCAGGGAAUUAGCUUUGGCAUACGCAUCUGCCCACGCUGACAUGGCGUCGGUCAAUCGGCGCGGCUGUCAUGCCACCAGCGCGGAUGACUCCGCCACUUACAACUUCGGCAAGCAGGGUGGUGUCACCAAUGGGGCAGCUUGGUACAGCUUGAAAGGAGGAAUGCAAGAUUUCAACUACUUGGCAACGAAUGCGUUCGAAGUGACACUUGAACUCGGAUGCGAGAAAUAUCCUCCUGAGAGUUUGCUGGCUAAGGAAUGGGAGAGGAACCGCGAGGCUCUUCUGAGCUACCUGUGGAAGGCGCACAUCGGCAUCAAGGGCAUAGUGAGCGACGACUCUGGGUUCAUACAGAACGCCAUCAUAUCCGUGGUGAACAUCACUGGACCAAUCCCGCGACCGAUCAGGCACGACGUCACAACAGGUGCUUACGGUGACUACUACCGACUGCUGACGCCAGGGCACUACGAGGUGACGGCGACACGGCCGGGAUACUUCCCCGUGUCGCGCGUAGUCACUGUGCCGCACCACCAGGCAGCUGCGCACGUGCUCAACUUCAGGCUCGAGCCUACCACCAGCUGGUUCGACGACGAGACCGCUUUCGGCGGCUACCCUCACAGCCUGCGCGGGUCCCAGCCGCGCAUAUACAAGAGGUCUCUCUACGAGAAGGUAGCUAACACGAUGCUCGAACAGAAACACGACAAACACUAGAUCAAUGUCAAUUUUGACUGCCACCCGUUAAACUGUAGAUUUUAAAAUGUCAUUAUUUCGUAUGACCGUGUUGCCUGUCCACGGGGCGGAGAAAUAUUACUAAAUUAUUAUAUGACACUCACAAACUCUCCGCUCCUCUUCAGUAGACAGAUUUUGUGCAAUCCUAAUAUUAAUAUUUCUCCGUCUGUCUGCUCCGCAGCCUUGCUCCGCUCCAGUGGACAGGCAUCGUAAUAAUAAUGUGUUUUACUAUUAAUAAAUCAAAUGCCGCCCUUGAUCCUGGCGAUUGGGUACGUUCGGAAAGUUGAUAAUAAAUAGACGAUUAAGUUUUUUGGAGAUAUAUUUUAUUUAUUUUUUACCGUGAUCUAAGCUGCAGUCGGUGGCAUUGCAAAAUAAGUAUUAAACGGUUACAUGCAUUAUGGCGGAUGAAAGAAACUACGUUUAACGGAUAAACACUUUGAAUAUCAGAGACAUUUUGUAACUGUACCUACCAUAAAUUGUCACAAAAUUAGUGUAAGCGACAGGAUAAUAUUAUGUUUUAGACCGGUAAAGGAUGAUUUAAUAGUGCAUCUUGUAAGAGAAAUGGGAAAAACAGUAUUCGGGAACAUUGUAAGCUAACUAGUGGGUACAAUACGAGUCGUAACUCGUACACUGCUUUAGGCACCUCAGAUUAUUCAAUUAUUCGUAAGACACUAAAGAGGUCAUACCCAUCAAUCGUUUAUCAUUUCGAAUCAUGUAUGGUCUUUAUAAGUAUAGAAUGCGAUUCGAUUAAGCAUAGAUCAAUAUAAGUCCUAGUAUAGCAAAACAUUGCAUAAAUACAUUGAGGGCAUAAAAAUUAACUCAAUUUUUCAGUGCACGUCUUAGCGAUGUUUCGAUGAUGAUGUAAUCUUAUUGUGUCGCUGAUUUGAAAUAAAUAUUUAUUGGUGUAAAAAUAAAAUCAUUCUAGUCCAAAAAUUAGUACCAUUUGAUCAUAGGAUAAUAUACUCGUAAUUUGUAUAUAUUGGUAGAGUGUAGUUCAAUACAAGCGACUAUGUAAUAAAAUAUGUGAGUAUAUACUCCCCGACACAUCAAUCGGCCCACUUAGAGUUAUAAGUUUCAACGGUCUGUAGCGAAGAUAUAUGUUAGGUUCAGCAGCAUAAUAAUAUAUUUUUAAAAACACACGAAAAAGAUGCUUCAAAAUUGCGUAAAACUUUUUGCUCAAUAUAACUUUAUUUUAGCUAGGGACCGUCAAAACUUAAAAUGCUAGCAUUUAAAGUAGGCCGCUAGAUGUGUCCGGAAGUAUUUAUAUUCAGUAAAAAAAUAUUGAAAUUUUCGCCCCAACCUUUUAAUUAGGUAUAUGAACUGGCAGCUUUUGUAACAUAUCAGCAUCUGUCGAUUGGAAAGUGAUAAUCUUUUUAAUUGAAUAAUUUUACCGAAUCCUGUUUUUAACCAACUCAUUUAUUUCACUUGUUACAAAUAGUAUUGAUCAACAGUAAAGUAUAACCAGUGGUAUAACUAGCUUAUGAUUUUUAAUUAUAGUUCUUCCAUUAUUUUUAAUAUCAUUAUAAAAAGAUUGCUAUGUUAUAAAUGUACAAAUGUUUAUUUUAAAAGAAAAUUUAAUUUUAGCAAGUUAUUUAUGUAUGUAUUCAGAUAGUGUUAAACACUUCAUAAAUAAAGAAAUAAUCGUGAUUUGUGUGCAUAAGUUUUUUUUUAUUAACUCGUUCCACUUAAAUUUAUUUCACUUUUUUUAAGAUAAGCGUUAACGAUGAAAAGAAUAAAAUAAAAAACUCUAACCCCACUGAUCUCAGAUUAUAGCUCAUUAUAUAAUGAGAAAAAAUCGAGACAAUUUUAUUGAGAAAAGCAUUUUUUUAAAUAGACCCGCAGGACUAUAAUGUAAGCAAUAUGCGAUCCUAACGCCUUUAAAUUCCUGCUUCGGUUUUUUUGUGUACACCAUAAUAUCGUUUGUGUACAAUCGUAAACAAAUCUCAACUCAAUCGUGGUUCGGAAUAGUAACGAUGUUGUUUACGUUUUAAACAGUUUUGGCGGCAUUUUGAAUCUCUAUUUUCGUCACGAAUUCCGUAGCAAUUUUGCUGUAAGUACACUAUGUCUACAGAGUUCUACUAAAGAGAAUUAUAAUGAAAUUAGCAACGAAGUAUCCCGAGUAAUUCCCAGUUGUUCCCAGCCUAACGUAGGUCUAUAUGGAUGAUUAAAGUUGAAAGGUAAUAUAUAAAUGUACUUCUUUUUGUUAUUUCUAAUAUUUUAUUAAAUUAGGUCGGUAAUUUAAAACAGCGCUUGCUCAAACAAAGAGGCAGAAAUCGUUAAAAAAACCGCAAUAGAAGGAAACUACUGGAAAUAAUUCUCCUUACUAUUCAUUCUUGGCCAACUCAGCUACGUAGUGUGUAAAUUUUCAUCUAACUUGAGGUUUCUAGGGUAAUAAUCCUUUUAAUAAGUCAUGAUGGCGAAUUUCAGUAGCGUGAUAAAUAUGGCAUGUCAAAUCAAGAUUUCAAUUUUGAAAUGAUAUGCUUAUUACCUACCUAGAGGUUUUGCUAUUUAACAGGUUUGUAAACAUACUGUGGGUAUGUAAGUUUACAAAUCAGAUACCACUUAUGAUAACUUGGCGGCGUUUUGUUUUUGCGGAUAGGACAAACAUAAUAUUACCUAUGCUCCUAUUGGGUUAAUGCUUUGCCCAAUGGUAGCAAAGGAAAAGGCCGCCAUAAUCUAUAUUAAAGGUAUGCUUUCUACAUUGCGUUUAUAUCAUUAGCUUAUUGUUUUACCCAGUCUUAUCCUUUUAAGCCCUGGCGGUGUGUGGUCUUAUUGUAUAAACACAACAUAACCACAGAAGAUUUCUUCUUAUAAGACCUCAGACAGAUCUCUAAUUCAAGUGGGAAAUGGAAAUUAACUGUACCCUGUUAAGACCACUGUGAAAUUUUCUAUAAGGUGUGUUUUUAUGGUUACGUUAAGAGAUAUUUCGAAGAUAAACAAUAGAACUCUUCAAAUAAAAAUAGUAAGUAUGUUUGGUUAAAUGUUUAAUGAAAUUGAAAAGAGAUCUAGGGUACCAAACCAAUCCUGGUGAUAUUAAGUGGUCCAAAUCUAGACGCGAAGAUAAUUGCUGGUGCAGCAGUUUUAUCUGCCACAUCCUCACUUUUACCUUGCUGGCCUGCAAGCAGCUUCUUUACGCCUCUUGUAACUCUGUGUUGUAGGAAUAUCAGAACAAACGGCCAUAUAAUUCUAUUUGCAGAUAGUACAUACUCGAAAGAAAUUACACGCCAAACUUUAUUGCUUGCGGUGGAAUGGCAGCUUCAGUAAGUCGUAAACUAGCGCGCAUGGUCCCAUUGAAAGGUUUUAAGUAUUACAUAAAAAAAUAUUAUCAACAAAACAUUUCUAGAAAAAAAAAACCACUCAAACCUAUGUGAUCUCUGACCCGAGUGGAUCUUUUAAUAGAAAUUUUUCUGUUGUUAUGACCAUCAAUCAGUUAAAUUUUUAAAAUAAAAAUAUAUUUAAUAUUUAUUACAUUAAAAUAUAUUUAAUAAUAAAAUAUGACCGUAUCAAGAAAAUAACAAAAUUUAGCCCCUUUAUUAAUAAACAAAGAAUAAGCUUAGACUAGUUACGACGUGUUUUGUUCAAUACAAAACAUGGAUUAACUAAUCCAAGCUUACUAUGCGUUUAUUAAUAAGAUAGUGCGUGUUUUUAAGUUCACGGCGAACAUUUUAAGUUUCUAGGUAGAUAAUUCUGUAAAGAAACACAAAUAGAUUGUUCUUAGUACUAAUUUUAUUAUUUACUUAGUUAUAAGGAAACAACUCAAUUUCUAUUAGCAAAAACCAAUUUAAAUGAUGAGCACAAUCAUAACUCUUGAAUUGAAAAUAACUUAGAAACACAAACGUGAUCGCUUUUAUUGUAAAAUAGGGAUCUAUGUCUAUGUUUAUCAGUACAGAAAUCAUGAUUUAAAUUUGUUAAUCUAACUUUCUUCUUUUUAGCAAUUCAGGAGUUACAAUAUUCCUACUUAACUCUAAUAUUAUUUAAGGUAUGACAUUAACAACACACUCACUCUUAUCUUGGGAAAAACACACUUGAUUUAGCAAAUUAUGUAAUCGAAAUUAAUACUUAUUAAUUACCUUACUAAGUUCUUUAAUUAGAAUUAUUCACAGGUAUGAUGUGGUGUUAUGUCGUCAAAAUUCGUUUGUUACUAAAUAUUUAUAGAAACAUUUACAUAAGCUUAAACAUGAAAUACUCUUAGAUUGAUUAUUAAAAUAUUUUCAUAAAAUAAGUAGUAUAUAAUCGACUAGUUCAUACUUUUUACUGUUGUGAGAAUAAAGUAAAGUGGUUAAGUAACUUCAUGUAGGUAUAUGUACCUAAUAAUUAUAACAUUCGUCUGAGUAUGAACUGGUCAUUCCAAUUACUACCGACGAGAUUCGCAUAAGAGGUAAGUGUUCUGCGGUCGUCUUUCAAAAUAUGGGUAAUAAUUAAUAGAACCUUAAUACUAAUUGGACGGAUUCGUUGCAUCUAUCAGGUCGUGUUGUCAAUUACGAACUAAUACCUAAAUAUUAGGAGGCUCAUAGAGCCACGCAAAGGUACAUGUAUGGAAAAUCGGAAAUACAUGGCACAAGUUAAAUUCAUUCCAGACAAAAAAUAUAUUCAUUCAUUUCUUAAAAGGUUACAUCUAUAAAAUUUACACUAGGUAAAUACAAUGUAUAAAUAUUCAUUUCCACUGUAAUAUUGUCUCUAAGCACCAUUUCUUAAAACUACAUAAAGUACUUAAGUAGUUUAUAGGAGACUAUAUUAACUUUAGGUAUUGUAAUUUUCAAUUAGAAUUCAUACAGCGAUCCUUAUUUAUCCUUCGCGCAGAGUCGCUUGUAUUUUACACUGGUUUGUUGAGAUUGAUAUAAAGUUUCAUCUCAGGCGGACGUCCAUGAUUAUUGUUACAUUGUUAUCAUAAUACCUAUCAGCUCGUUUCGCUUCAGUGCCUAUUUCUGUGCAUGCCCGAGUGUCGACUGCCUGGCCUCGAUUGCACUAUCGCGUAAUGGUCGCUGUUAUCCGAUACCGAC